AUGUGGGUCAGUCACUUAUCAUCAGUUGUGGUGGGGAGUCGUAGAUAUUUUGUGUUUAAAAUUCAACGAUGGCAGCAUCAUUUCUACGUUAUUUACUACCGUUAUUAUUAGUGUUAUAUGCAGUGAGAGGAAACCGUGAGAACGAAUGUAUUGAGGUGGGCUUCGCUCGGGCGGCUGGCUCCAACCUACACAAUGGAUACGAGGCUGCUAAGGACGCCGUGUUGGCCAGGUGGGCUGAGGAGGACACCGAGGGGCGGCCCGAUUACGCAGGACUCUCCCCCCUCCUGAAGAACGUAACACGAACGGGGCAGCUGUUGGAGGCGGCGUCGCAGGUGAUCGUGGACUUGAUCCGUAAGACUCGGGUGGGGAAGAGGUGCCGCGGGGCGUGGCUGCUGUCUGGCCUGGAGAAGCAUGUCAUCCCCCUCAUUAACCUGGAUAAAGACCUGGCUGAGGACCUGGGUCUAGUGAUGUCGUUCAGGUGUAUGGUCGGGUCACCUUACCCCAACGUGGACGGCUCGUGCGUCAACCAGGAGUCGCCUGACCUGGGCUCUAUUGGCUCCAAGUUCCUCAGGCUCCAACCCGCUGUGUCUGGCAGUGAUGGAUUCUCGCCUCGUGGGUCAGUGAAUGGGGAGAAGACGCUGCCGUCAGCCCGCCAGGUGGCCCAGCUGCUGAGGAAGUACCUUAAGAAACCUGCCGUGACGGGGCUCUUCUCUGAGUGGUCUCAUUUCAUCCAGCGAGACACAUUCAGCAUACCGGAGUCGCCACAAGCCCAAGAUGUUGACUGUUGUUUAAGUCCCGAGGCUGAGGACUGCGCGCCUAUCCCAGUUGAGGAAGAUGACCCUAUGUCCUCAGCUGUGCCCUGCAUCAACUUCAGAAGGUCGGCCCGUGCCCAGGCAAUCCUAGGACACAGGGAAUCCUUAUCACUAGUCUCCACCUAUCUGGACGCUACACCUGUCUAUGGCCCCUCAGACAAGGUCGCCUUCGAAAGAAAGGCUGGUUACUUCGGCUACCUUAAGACUCCCGAGUUGGUGGAGAAGGCAGAGGAGGGCAACGACGUCAAGUCAGGGAAGGAGGUGAAGUGUGGGGCGCCCGAGAGCUUGGAGGGUUGCUUCCAGAUGGCUCAGGGAGAAGACUGGGCUGAGGACCUGAGACUGCUGCUGGCACUGGAACAUAACCGCCUCGUUGACGCCCUCUCGGAGAUCAACCCACACUUCGAUGACUCCCUCCUCUACAACGAAGCUAGGCGGAUGGUGAUAGCGGGGUACGACCACAUCACCUACGGGGAGUACCUGCCAGUGUUGAUGGGGGAGGCGGCGGUGAAGAAACACUCCCUCGGCCCUGGCGCUGAGGGGCCAGCCGCUAAGUUCAUCCCGGAAGUCAACCCCGGCAUCCUCACCAACUUCGCCCUGGCCUCCUACAGGAAUCCUUCAAUGCACACGGAGUGGAAGGAGGCCUGGGGUCGUACAGACAUCAUGGAGUCAACACACUACGACUCCAUCCGUGACGACUCCUACCAAGACCUGCUGGCCAUGGACGUACAGCGAGGCCGUGACCAUGGUCUGGCGGGGUACAAGGUAUGGAGCAGCUUCUGCAACAAUGGUCACUCCAACUCCUGGGAAGACCUGGAGCAGAACUUCUCUAAGGAACUGGUGCAGGAACUCAAGAGACUCUAUCAUGACGAGGUGGAGGAUGUUGACGCUCAGUUGGCGCUGCUGGAGAAACCUGAUGACGGUGGGGUGAUCGGCAAGACCUACACCUGUAUCCUGGCUGACCAGUUCGCCCGCUUGAAGACUGGGAACCGAUUGUAUUGGGAGCAUGAGAGUAGCCUCUUGACGGUGGAGCAGAAGGACUUCCUGAAGGAGUCCACCCUAGCACGUCUCCUGUGUCACAACUUGCCACUCCACGCCGUACCUACCAACGCCUUCCUUCCACCCUCAGACAGCAAUCCUCUGGUUCCGUGUUCUCAACUGCCAGUCGGAGACAUCAGUCCAUGGAAAGACACCUCACUCAUAGAGAAGAUGAAGCAGAUUAAGGAGGGGAAAGCGAGUGAGCAGAAGGAGGAAGCGAGUGAGCAGCAGCAGCAGGAGGAAGCGAGUGAGCAGCAGGAGGAAGUGAAUGAGCAGCAGGAGGAAGCGUCACAAGCCAAAGAGACAUCUAAACACUCUGAGCUGUAGAUGGAAGCCAAGACUAACUGAAUCAUGUUGAUCUUGUUGGUCUGUUGUCAUACUAAUGUUUACGGUGAUCAGAUAUUGUGGUCAUCAAAGUAGGUAAUAUUAUGUUCAAUGACUGUUAAAUAUUGCCGGGUGGUGCAAAAACAAAGAAAUUGCUGGGUUAUUUUGUUGAUUGUUAAUGGUGAUCCCCCGUCCCUCCCAGCCAGUGACCCAUGUUAGGCCGUCUAGUACACGGUGUUUCUUUGUACAAUAAAAACUAAUUUGUUAA